AUGCAAAAUUUAAAGCAAAAAGCAGAAAUUCAAGUGACUCUCGAUACUUAUCUUCGACAACGAGCAAGUUUGUCGUACUAUGGGUUUCUGCUCCACAUCCGGGAAGAAAUUAUCGCUUCUCCCAUUGUCGUAGAUAAAUGGCGUCGAGUUGACGACUAUUGGUUCACAAAUUUAUUAAAGCUGUUGAACAAAAUGUCAAAUUCUAAUAUUUCGACCGCCUCUCCCGCCAAUAACCCUUCUUAUAAGGCUUCUACAAGUUCCACCGAUGAGCGCUAUAUCGAAGAAGGAAUAAAGAAAUCCAGAGCUUAUACGAACCUUAUUGAGGAGAGGUCUUUUGCUGAGUCCGAUGGACCUGUUCUUCAAGUAAUUUUUGAAGAGCGUUUUUUGCCAAUACAUUAUGUUCCAGAACUAUUUAUG